CGCAUACCAGGCGCUUUUGUCCAGUCCUCGUCGCUCAGAAAACACAAAGCCUCAAGAGACAGACGCCCUUAGUAGACGAACUUGAUCUCAACCCAACACUCCGGCACAAACCAAUGGCGACCGCGCCUGGUAUCCAGGACUCUUACGCUGAAUGGAAAACUUCGACCGCCCUUGCCGGCCUCGGCCAGGCUCUGGUGCCUCAGUCGGACACAAACAAGCAUGAACUGCUCUCAGAAGUAGCACAGCUUACACACAGCGAUGAGAGCCGGGCCCGGGUGGCCGCCAUCCUCGCCCGGCUCAAGGAGCUUAACCCGGAAGUUGUACGGCAGUUCCAUCCCAAGCUUAACGCCCUGUCGGACCUCAACCUCCGGAUGAUCCGUCCAGCCUCGGCCAGCCCGGAGGCGGCCGGCCGCGUCGCGUCAUACAUCGCAGUGAGCUAUUGCUGGCAUUAUCCACAGUGGCCUCUGGCUGCAGCCGCAACGCCGAUCGCCCCCGGGUGGGAAAUAUCGGAGCCGAUGAUGAAGGCCGUGAUGAGGCUCUGCCAGCCCGACGAGGGCGUCUGGCUCGACAAGCUGUGCAUCAACCAGGACGACGCAGCAGACAAGGCGGCCCAUAUCGGUGUUAUGGACGCCAUUUACCGCUCCGCGCGUCGAACCGCCAUCCUGCUGGAAGACAUCCAACUCAGCAAAGAGGAGGAGAAGGCCGGCCUGAUCUAUCGAGGGUUCUAUGAGGACCUCGUUCAGGCGGUUCAGCGUGCUAGUCUUGAAGGGGAGCAAAAGGCCCGCUUCAUCGACGCGUAUAUCCCGUCUCGGGAGAAAGAACUUCGAGACAAGCAACUGGGGCACGUCUUGGACCCUGCUAGGGCUUUUACCGCCAAGGUUCUCACAGCUCGGUGGUUCACCCGAGGCUGGUGUGCCCACGAGUGCCGCAUGAACAAGCACCUGAAGGACAGCAGCCCUCUGUUCAUGUGCUUUGGAGCGGAUGGCCGUGUCCUCUCGUUUGAGUUCCGCUUCAUCCACUACAUGAGCGUCUACCUCAACCAUUCAGAUCGUGCGCCAAACGGACUCGCUGGCAUAGAACAGUCGACCGAUGUGAACCAUCCAGACCCCGGGAUGUUGUUGUCACAGCUCUGGUUUAAGAUACAGAGACUCCUGCCUGAACGGCGCGUCACCGUAUCGGCCAUGCAGCAUCUGGUCACUAUACUGCCCUUUGACUGCCUCAAGAAAGGGGACCUCAUGUCUAUCGCGCUCAAUACGGCAGGGAUUCCACUGUAUUUCGACGGCAGCGGGUGCCAGACUGUUCAGGAAGUCAUCUGGACGUUCACCGUCCUGGUGCUCGCCGCCAACGACCUGGUGCCCCUGGUGAUGUUGGGUCCGCCGCUCCGUGUUCCCUCAGCUGGACAGGACAUCGUCUCGUGGGCAAUCCACCCUAACCAGCCAAUCCUCGAUGAUGAGGUGCAGAACCCGCUGCCAGGUUCCAUCACAGCCACAACUAGCGAGUACAUCGAGUUGGACCUCCUCGUAUUCGAAUCCCUCCCAUUGAAGGCCUCCCGAGAGUCGCAGGAUAGAGCGGCGCGCUUGAUUGAGGAACAUUCGCUCGACGCAGUCGCCGACGCGCUCUUAUCCGCCCUUCCGGAAGACGCUCAGGCCGCGGUCCGCGCCGUCGUCAACGACAAGAGAUUUACUGAACUUCACAGUGUCCGCAACCGCCUCAUCUCCCUCGCUCUGGACAGCGGGCUGGACUGGACUCUCGCGUUCCCGUCGGUGAUGCGCCAGACCACGUCAACCUUCAUGUACGGCACGAUGGGCGACCACGCCCAUCCCGGCCUCGAGGCGGCAGUGCAUGCCUUCCUGGCCCUGUUCACCCCAGAUCCCGCCGUUGUCCCGUCCACGGACAGCGAACCCCAGCCUCCCCAGCCUCCCCGGACCCUCACCCCCGGCCAGCUCGCCACCCUCCACCGCGCCCUCACAACCCUCCUCGACCCCCGCCUCCUCUCCUUCACCCCCAGCCCCCGCCGCCUGCCUCUGCCGCCUGCCCUCGGCACCGCCGCCCUCACCCAGGCGGUGAGCUGCCGCUCGUAUGUCGCCGUGCCCGCCGCGCUGGCACACCUGCCCGGGUGGCACACCCGCGCCUGGGCAAUCGAGCCGUUCGACCCGGCCGCCGCGCCUCGCAUGUCAGUCGAGGACGAGAUAGAGAUGGCGCCCGUGGUGAGCUCGGAUGUUGCCGACUGGCGGGCGCCGAGGGACGAUGCGCGGGGCACGUGGAGGAGGGUGUAUGGGGCGGAGAAGUACCCCUGGGGGCGCAUUUUGGAGGUGUUGAAGAAGCGUUUUGCGCACCUUGACCUGAUCGAGUCUGCCGCUCCACUUUCGCUCCCCGAGUCGCCCGUGCCAUAUCACCACCAGUGCCCACAUGCGCCAUCGCUGCGCCGUCGCUGCGCCAACCAACCGAAGCCUUGCACCUUCUCAACUUCCCCCAUAACCCUCUUAGCAGAGCACAACGCCGGCGUCGAACAGGGGAGUCUGGGCAACCACAACCGCCGGCCCAUCGCCAGCGGUUUGGGCGGCCGGCCACAACAUCCUGAAGAGCCCCAGACUGAGCGCAGACCAUCCCAGCAUGGUGAUCAAAACCGGCCAGUUCACCCGCCAGAGGUUGUGGUACAGGACGAUUGCGAGGCCCGAGACGAGGAGCACGGUGCCGUCGAAGUAGACGACGGCGGGAUCGGGGCUGGGGAGGAUGGCUGCAUUGACUCGUUCAGUGACGGCGAGCGCGAUGGCUGUCGGGCCCAGGAGGCGAGCUAGUGAUCGAGAUUGUUGUUGAUCCAUUUGUAAUUCAAUGGUUUGUCAGACUGGUCUUGUUUGACGCCCUAGUUACCCUACCUUCCCGCAAUGGGAAACCCAUCGCCCGCCAAACGCAACGCGUCGACUGCACUGGAUGGAUGGAUGGAUGGAAUUAUUUCGCCCGGAGGCACGAAGCCUAAAGGGCCUUGGCACGCUAACUACAUCCCAUUCGUUGACGUUCAACCAUCAACUCGUACAAGCCCUCUACUCUCUCCCCUUUUCUCACGCCACCUGUUGCCUC